CUGAACGUGAAUUUUACCCGGUUCAAGUGAUGAAGAGAACGUUGUAAAUACUUUCCCUCCACGUCGACAAUGAGUGUAUUCCAAUUCAUUCCAGACACUCAAUCAAAGACUCCGAGCAAAAUGGAGUGGAGUGAGGAAAAAAACAUCCUAUUGAUCAGAGAAGUUCUAAAUGUGGAGCCAUACAAUGCAAAGGAAAGGACAACACAAAGGGCUCAGCUAUGGCAACAAGUUGCAGACAAUCUGAACAACCAUCACAGCCCAAAAUUUAAGGUGGAUAAGAGAGCAGUGAGAGACCWYUUGAACAUGAUAAUUGAAAAGUUCAAGAAAAAGAUGAAGAAUGAGGAAAGUGCCAGUGGCAUUAGUCCAGAACUGACUGAACUAGAUGCUCUACUUGAGGAAGUCAUUGGACGUAUUGAGGUAGCAAAUGAAGUGGUUCAGGUAGAAAAAGAUAAAACCAAGGAAAAAAUGGAGAAAGAAAAAAAAGAAGCAGAAGAUGUCAGGCUUAAGGCAAUGGAGAAGCUAGCUGAGACUWAGAAAAGWAGUGGGGAUGAAGAACCAAAAGAGAAAAUCAGUAAACGGAGAAGAUCAAAUGGAACUGAUACAGUAAAUUACCUGCGAGAGAGGGCAGAAAUAGAGCAGCAAUACAGAGAACAAGAGCUAGAGAUAAAAAACAAGCAACUGGAAAGCAGCAUGCAACAUAAAGUGCAGUCAGAUCAACAACACAAGGAAUUUAUCCAGCUAGUCUUAAGUCAACAGCAGCAGCAACAACAGCAAAACCAGCAGCAGAUGCAGCAAUUCCAAAUGAUGCUCAACCAGCAGCAGCAACACCAACAGCAGUUGCUUAUUACCCUCUUGAGUAAGAAAACAGAUUAAUAUUUGAAAGUUUGUCUCCUUUUAUUGUACUGUGAGAAUUUUGGAGCUGUUGAUGAGACACAUUUUUCAAAAAUUGUUACAGGUUUCAUUCUC